UGGAAGAUGCACAGCCCGACGAGGAGCGAGCAGGAGGCGCUGUACGACGACGCCAUGUCGCCGACGUCGUCCUUGGCGCAUGGCGAGUACCUCAUGGACGACGAUGUCAACUUUGACGAUGAGGAUGAGGAUGUCCCUGCCCAUGGCACGUCGUCGCCGACGGCGCUGGGCAGCGAGCUCUCGUGGCUGCGCCGGCUCGAGAAGGAGAUGGACGAGAAGCUCGUGCUGGAAGCCAACAAGGUCAACGAGAGCCUCCAGCAGCGAAGGGCCGAGGACGAAGAGAUGCAAAGGUCGUUGGCGACCUUCACGACGACCGCGCGGCUGUCGUCGGCGUCGGCGCUCACGCAGUCGGCCGCGUCGAGCUCGGGGACGACCGCCGAAUCCAAAGACGCGCCAAUGGACGAGUGGAAGGAAGCGUAUACAGCCGAUGGAAAGAAGUACUACUACAACCGCCGAACGCGCGAGUCGUCAUGGACAUGCCCCGACGACGCGAUCCUUGUCAAGACCGCGCCUCGCAUCGUCACGCCCAUCAUGUCCUACGAGGCGAAACCCGAGGCAGACGAGAGCGUUGGUGAUGAAGCGACGGCCGACCCAAACGCGUCGUUCUUGAGCACCAAGAACUGCAUGUACUGCAUGUUUUGCGGCCAGUCGACGCCGGCGUGGAAGCUGCUCUCGCACAUGCAGACCUGCGCCGUGCUCUCGCACCACAAGAGCGGGCAGACUGCCGUCUUCAAGGAGGCGAUCGACAUCGUGAACGAGCUCUUCCCCAAGCCAGGUACCGACGCGGCGACGCAAACCAAUGCCGAUCGGUCGGCGCAGUAUGCGGCGACGAUUUCGACCGCCGACGCCGAGCAGAUCAAAGCGCAGCUCGUCUUGCUCAAGCAGCGCCGACGUCGGCAGUCGCUGCUUCGUCACGAGACCAACGACGACGACAACACGGUGGCGCCAACCACCGACCACGACCACACAGUGACGAAGCUCAGGCGCUACGCGGAGCCGCCGCCGACGCGCCAGAAUCUGACCGAGCAGUGCCGAUUCUGCAACCGCACGUUCGCCGAGGGUCGACUGGCCAAGCACGAAGCCUGCUGCCAGCGCGUCUUUGGCGGCGAGAACGCAUGGAACCACACGAUAGCGCCGCCCUCCGUCGUGCGCCGGGCGUCCGAGAAGGACAAGCCCAAGCCGCGCAAGCCCAAGCACGGUCCGUCGGGCUCGUAUCAGGACUACCAGUCGACGUUCGUGUCGUGUCCAAGCUGCCAGCGCAAAUUUGCGCCGUCGGGCGCGCAGCAGCACAUUGACAUUUGCAAAAGUGUCGAAAACAAGCCCAAAAAGUGGGCGAAACCAGGCUUUGCGGUCGCCGGCUAAGCACGAAUAUCAACUUGAUACAACGUCCGUUUAAAGAGA